AUGUCAAACUCCAACAACCCCCCCAAACGAGCCGCCUGUGAUCGCUGCAGGACGCAGAAGCUGCGUUGCGUUCGUGCCCCCGGCCACCCCGCCGACUCGUGCAUUCGAUGCAUUCGAUCUCAGAUGGAAUGUGUAACCAGUUCAUCCAAGCGGCCGGGUCGACCCAGGAACUCGACCACGGCUUCGCGACAGACCACCGGCUCGACUCGAACAAGAUCCAACAAUGAUGAUACACACAGCCCUCGCAAUCCGAGUCCAUCUCUUCCCACGGUGGAUCUCCACGCUCUGACCAGCGUGGACGACUGGUUCAACCUCGAACUGCUGGACGCCGACUACGAGAUGAGCCAUGCUCCGUGGAACUCCAUCGAUGUCGGGUUCCCAAUUGAUGGCAGUGCGACCAUCCAGACCAUGUCCUCUCCAUCAACACCGCCGGAUGAACCCUCACCAGCAGCCUUACUCAAUGACCCGAUGAUGGACACCAGCCCGACCGAGCAUCUCCCGCUCCUGCAGCUCGAGCCCAUCGACCCGGGCUUGCUGCCGCUCUUUGGCGACCACUUACCCCCUCCGACAUUCGACCACGGCCUGCACCUCUCCGUGCUCCAGCGAGAACUCUCCAAACAACUCUUUACUCUCCGGUCGAUGCCAUGGGACAUGACCAAAGCCAUGUGGCUGACCUGCCUCCACGAAGCCGGCGGCUGCGACUCCUCCACUCAGCCGAGCCCACCGGAUCUCCAAAUCACCACCACCAACCCACUCGCCAAAAUCGCACGCACAGCUGCGGACUUUGCUCAAUUUCUCAGGUCAAUCCAAGCCUCUCCCUCCUCAGAAAUCACGAACAGCCACCACCUAGCUACCAAGGCUCCUGCCAGCAGCAACACCGCCACCGCCCUAGCAUUCACCCACCCGCGCCUCAGCAUCACCGACCUCCUCACCAUCCUCAGCUGCCACCUGCUCACGAUCUCCAUCUACGACACCAUCUUCGGCCACUUCAUCGAGCAGGCCCGGCUGAACCCCACAGCCCUCAACCUGGCGACGCAAGCCGCCCCCAAGCUGUUCCUCGGUGGCAUCGCCGUCCCCCCCGGCUUGGGCAUGCUGAGUCACCUACUGUACUGUCUGACAGGGAGUCAGCUGCGGCCAAUCGAGAUGCUGCUCGGCCUGCCGGAGGAGUUCUGUCUUUCGUCGCCGCGGACGGGGCUGGACGACACGCAACAAAAGCCGGAGGGGCUGUUCAGUGGGUCCAGUGGGCAUUUGCUGUUCUCGACAUUGAUGCAGGUGGAGUUGGAUGCCGGGAAUGCCGGGGGCGGGCGGGAGAGAGGCGGGCUGGGGGUGAUAGAGGCGUUGAGGGGGAAGAUGAGGCGGGUAAGGUGUUUGGAUUGA